ACAUAAUUAAUUACCCGGCUCGUGUGCGGUAUCACAGCCUGUACUACAUGUCGCUGUGCAAAUGAAAUAGUUAACAGCGUAUGUGCGGUCACGUAUGGGUGUCCUGGAGUCAUACUACUUCGGCUAUACCGUUGUUAGAGCAUGAGGGAUGCUUCUUCACAUGUUGAGGACGCCAGAAGACGGCCUAUGGCAGGCGGGAGAGCGGUCGAUAACCAGGGGAUAGGGGUCAAACCGCGACCCGGUUUGUCGGACGAGGUUUUCGCCAUGUUGUUCAUCCUGGUCCUGAGUUUGGUCAUCCCCCUGUCCCUGUCCAUAUGGGUGGUGUCACUCUUCAUGAACACUGCGUAUGACGGCACACUGUAUCCCAUCUCUCCAUGGAGGCUGCUGUUUGCUAUUCUUGCACCUCUGUUCAUCACUGUCAAAGGUCUAAAGAAGAAAAGUCUGGACAUGAGUGGUGCACUCUCUGGAUUUGUAGUAGGCUUUAUCCUGACUGUCAGCAACCUGUGCUUCUUCUCCUGUCUGCUGGCCUUCUUUGGGAUAUCGUCAUGGGCAACCAAGUACAAGGCCGAGAAGAAAAGGGCUUUAGAAGAGGACUUCAAAGAAGGUGGCCAGAGAAACUGGAUCCAGGUGCUGUGUAAUGGAGGUGUUGCUACAGAGCUGGCUAUUCUGUACAUGAUAGAGUUCCACCCAGGAGAGACUGUCAUUGACUUCAAUACCAGAUAUAACACGUGUUGGCUGGUGCUGGCUGUUGUAGCAGGUUUGGCCAGUAGUUGUGGCGACACCCUGUCAUCAGAACUGGGGACAGUGUUGGGAGGAGAGCCUAAACUCAUCACCACAUGGAAGCCUGUACCAAAAGGUACCAAUGGUGGAGUGACGGGAGUUGGGCUAGCCUGUAGCCUGAUGGGGGGCGUGGCAGUGGGCGUGGCUUAUUACAUCACCAUGCUGUUAGCCAAUGAGCCAUUGUCUGACAGUGUGUACCAGUGGCCCAUGGUUCUGUAUGCUGGAGCCUCAGGGCUGCUGGGAUCACUCUUGGACUCCUUUCUUGGGGCCACACUGCAAUAUUCCGGUUUUUGUGAUGAACAGAAGAAGGUUGUCCAGUAUCCGUCCCCUACAACCAAGCACAUCAGUGGGCUGCCCCUGCUGGACAACCACGGAGUCAACCUGGUGACAUGUGUCAUCAUCAGCCUCACAAUGCCGCGCCUGGGAUACCAGCUCUGGCCAUACUAGAUCUUAACUUCUAGACUAGGCCACAUCUACAAUGAGAAUUGAACUCUUCUCCAACUCAGAAAUUUACUCACUGGAUUUUUUCAACCAAUUUGACCCAGUGCACGUGUCACACGUGUCUUCAGGGUUAGAAAGGAAAAUGAAGACAGGAUUCAGUUGGUAAAUUUAUUCAGUUGGAGAACAGUUUAGUUCACAUUAUGUAAUUUACCAACUCAGAUGAACUGUCAUGCUAGGCCACACCUAAUUAAUUUCUAAGUUCUCUGUGACAUACUGUACUGUGGAAAGGUAAUGUAGUAGAAAAAUGAAAAUAGAGGCAGGUAUCCUGUGGUAGACUCAACUUUACCAUAUUAAAGCCUCAAAGUAAACAUCCUGUACCAGAAAACAUUCCAAACAAGGCGAAUGUAACAACAACUUCCAAUGAAUGUAUAAAUGAAAAACUACAGUAACUAUUAGAAAGACUUCAUACCACUGUUGACGUCAAAUUAUGAGCAAUUUGGAGGUUGAUUUAUUUUGAUACACGUAUUUCAAAAGUCCUUUUACAGUAUGCACUAUAAGGUAUCAUCAUGAUGUACUUCUAGUAUCUUCAUUUUUUUGUACAAGACUGUAUAUUUAUUUUGCAGUGAUACAUUAUUUUUCACAAUCAUGCAAUAUUGUACACCAUGGGUUUUGUGUCUCAGUGAUGGGGACAUUGCUGCUAGGAAGCUGUGGAGGUACUAGUUCCACUGAAUCAUAGGAACGACUAGUAAAGAAGUAUUGGGUAAGGGGGUGAAGUCUGUUGUCUGGUCAAGUACUGUACCAGUAUAGACAGACAGAGAGGCUGAUAUAACAUUUGUUCACUGUUUAUUUUUGCCAUGUUACAUAAAGCAAGUGAUGAUCCUUUUCCCAAGAUAACUAGAUAGACAAUGUCAUGUUUCUUUGAUACAGAAUAUACAAAACCAACUGUAAAA